AUGGUGCAUUCUCGGAAUCGGGCAUCGGGUAUCGCCCCCGUCCUCUUCAACUUUGCCUGGGCGCAGGCGCCCGUGAGCGGCUGGGCCACGCCGACCGUCGCCGUCCCGCUCGUCCUGGGCCUGCUGCUCCUCGCCGUCUUCGCCGUCGUCGAGCUCCGCCUCAGCCGCGACCCGCUGCUGCCGCUGGCCGCCCUCGGCUCCGCCCUGACCGCCUCGGCGGCCACGGGGAGUCGCCCGACGAGCGGCUUCGCGGCUUCAGGGGAGCCCUGUGGACGGGCGUCGUCCUGGCUGCCCUGGGGCUGGCCAUCGGCCUCUGCUUUCUGGCGAGGCACCAAGCCUCCGGCACACCGAGGGCUUUUUGACGCGCCGACGCCCCUCUGUCGAGCCACGAAUGACGGCUAG